AUGAGAUGGACCCAGCGAUAUGGUGUUAUGGCAAUAGCCAUUAUUGUUAUAAUUACAUUUAUUUUUAUUUUACAUCAAAAACAAACUUAUGAAGAACAAACAAAACAAACAAUUGAAUUAUUACAAAAUCGUAUUGAUUAUGUUUCACGUCUUAAUGAUGAACAUUUACAAGAAUUAUCAAUAAUAAAACAACAAAAUAUUCGUUUAACUCGUUCACUUAAUACAAUUAAAUCUUGUCAUCAUCGUUUUGAAAUAAAUAAUAAUAUAUCAAUAAUAAAUAUUAAUAAUACAAUUAUUGAUGAAACAUAUAAUAAUAAUAAUAAUAUAAUUGAUUCAAUAAAAACAAAUUUUCAUUUACCAUUAAGUUUUAGUUAUUUAAAACAUUUAACAAAUAAAUAUGAUAUGUUAUUACCAUCAUUUCAUCGUCAAACAAUAAAUAAAAAAUUUUUACGUCAAAAUAUAUCAUUUAUUAUUGGUAUACCAACAGUUAAACGUGAUAAACAAUUAUAUCUUAUUGAAACAAUUAAAUCAUUAAUUGAUAAUUUAAAUAAUGAAGAUAUUGAACGUAUAUUAAUUGUUAUAUUUAUUGCUGAACCAUAUGAUAUUGAAUAUGUACGUACAACAGCUCAUCAAAUAGAAAAACUUUAUAAUCAAUAUAUUGAAAAUGGUUUAAUUGAAAUAUUAAGUCCACCUAUUGAAUAUUAUCCUGAUUUUGAUAAAUUAACAUUAAGUUUAAAUGAUAAUAAAGAACGUGUUAAAUGGCGUACGAAACAAAAUUAUGAUUUUACUUAUUUAAUGAUGUAUUCAUCAAUAAGAGGAAAAUAUUAUAUACAAUUAGAAGAUGAUGUUAUUACCAAACCUGAUUAUAUUCAUAUUAUUGAAAGUUUUAUUAAUAAACAAAAAACACAAGAUUGGUUUAUGUUAGAAUAUUCAAGUUUAGGUUUUAUUGGUAAAAUGUUUCAUACAAGUGAUCUUGAUGCAUUAGUCAAUUUUUUUCUUAUGUUUUCUGCUGAUAAACCAAUCGAUUGGUUACUUGAAUAUUAUCAAGAUACAAAAUAUUGUUCAUUUGGUGCUGAUAUUCAAACAUGUUCAAGAACAAAAAGUUUACAUCGUUUUCGUUUUCGUCCAUCAUUAUUUCAACAUAUUGGUAUAUAUUCAUCAUUAAAAGGAAAAAUACAAAAAUUAAAAGAUAAAGAUUUUGGUAAAAAUAUUAAAUUAUUUAAAGCACAUGAAAAUCCACAUGUAUCAUCAAUUAUAUCAACAUUAAAAAAUUAUGAUAAACAUACAUUAGUAAGUUGUUAUGCAGGACAAAAUUUUUUUUGGGCAUUACAACCUAAAAAAGAUGAUACUAUUGAAUUUAAAUAUGAUCCAGCAAAUUUUAUAAUCAAGGUUAUUAUAAAAAAAAAAAAAAAAAAUAUAAAUCUUUUUUUUUUUUGUGAUAAAUUUUUUAAUACAACUAUUGAUUUAUUACCAUAUGUACAACCAAAAGAAGAAAUUAUUAAUUAUAUUAAAGAUAAUGAUGGUUAUUAUACAGUAGCAAAUUUUUCACAUGAUACUGGUAUUGCCGAAGCUUUUAUUAAUAAAGCAUUUGGACCUAUAUCAACUGUUCGUUUAAAAGUACAUACAAAAUCAGAUGCAUGGGUUAUAUUGAAUGAGAUUCUUAUUGAACCGGCCACAUGA